CAUGCAAAAAAAAAAAUCACAAACUGAUAGAUAUAGAGUCCAAAACAAUGUGAACGCAACACACUUUACUUCAACGUACAUUACAUUGAACAUAGAUUUGGCUAGUCGCGUUUGUUUGUUAUAAAAAACGUGAAUUUUAUUUUAUUAUUUUUCUGCAGAUUUAAGAAAAAGUCAUAAUAGUAAAGAAGAGUGAACAAUUACCGGUUGACAGUUAAAAGAAUCGGUCCACAAAAUUUAAAAACGAAAUAAUUUAUGAGUCGUGUGAAAUUACGAAACAUCUACGAAAACGCCGCAUCGACACCAACAAAUCAGCUUUUCAUAAUAAAUUUAGUUAUUUUUUUUUGUCUGUUUAAACAUUGACAUAUGUAAUUGGCCGAUUCAAAAAUUUCCCAUUUUCGGUCGGCUUAAAAAAUAGCUAUAAAUAAAAAGCGAAAAAAUAGAGAAAGUAUUCAGAGGAAAAUAAAAAAAAACACAUACACAGCAAAAUGACGUGGGAACCGCAAGCAGAAGGUUUGCAACAGAUUAUAACAAUAUUGAAGGAAUCGCAAUCGCCAGACACAGCAACGCAACGAGCUGUUCAAAUGAAAUUGGAGGAACUAAAUCGAUAUCCAGAUUUUAACAACUAUCUCAUUUAUGUGCUGGUUCGAUUAAAGACAGAAGAUGAACCCACAAGAUCGCUCAGUGGUUUAAUUCUAAAAAAUAAUAUUCGAUUGCAUGGUAGCACAUUGCAACCGGAGAUUGUUGAGUAUAUAAAACAAGAAUGUUUAAUGGCUGUUGGCGAUCCAUCACCAUUGAUACGUGCAACUGUUGGUAUUUUGAUAACAACAAUUGCCAGCAAAGGUACUCUUAACAGUUGGCCACAACUAUUGCCAUCAUUGUGUGAAAUGCUCGAUUCACAAGACUAUAAUGUGUGCGAAGGUGCAUUUGGUGCACUGCAAAAGAUUUGUGAAGACUCCACUGAAGCAUUGGAUAGUGAAGCACUAAAUAGACCAUUGAACAUCAUGAUACCGAAAUUCCUGCAAUUUUUCAAACACUCCAGCCCGAAAAUUCGUUCACAUGCUAUCGCCUGCAUAAAUCAGUUCAUCAUAAAUCGCACGGCCGUUCUAAUGAUGCAUAUAGACACAUUCAUUGAGAAUCUGUUCCAAUUGUCAACCGAUGAAGAUCAUGAAGUACGAAAGAAUGUGUGCCGUGGAUUUGUGAUGUUGCUAGAAGUUAGAAUGGACUGUCUGUUGCCAAUAAUGAAUCAAAUUAUUGAGUAUAUGCUGUUAAGAACACAAGAUCAAGAUGAGAGCGUAGCUUUAGAAGCUUCCGAAUUCUGGUUAACAUUAGCUGAUCAAACAAUUUGCAAAGAAGUCUUGGCACCACAUUUGGCCAAAUUGGCACCAAUUUUAGUGAACGGAAUGCGAUACUCAGAAAUCGACAUCAUUCUUCUAAAGGGUGAUGUUGAGGACGAUGCAAUGAUACCAGAUCGAGAGGAAGACAUAAAGCCAAGAUUCCAUAAGUCUCGUACACAUACCGUGAAACAAGAGAUCGAUGGACAAGACCAUGAUGACGACAGCGAUGAUGAUGAUGAUGGCCUAGAUGAUGAUAAUUCAUUGUCCGAAUGGAAUUUGCGUAAAUGUAGUGCGGCAGCAUUGGAUGUACUGGCCAAUGUAUUUCGAGAAGAAUGUUUGCCAAUUGUUUUGCCCAUCCUGAAAGACACACUAUUCCAUCCGACAUGGGAAAUUAAGGAGAGUGGCAUAUUAGCAUUGGGAGCCAUUGCCGAAGGCUGUAUGUCUGGAAUGAUUCCACAUUUACCCGAACUCAUACCAUAUUUGAUUCAAUGUUUGUCGGAUAAAAAAGCUCUAGUCAGAUCAAUAACAUGUUGGACUUUAUCGAGAUACGCUCAUUGGGUGGUCACACAACCGCACGAACAGUACUUGAAACCGCUAAUGGAAGAGUUGCUAAAACGCAUUCUAGACGCAAAUAAACGAGUACAGGAAGCGGCAUGUUCAGCAUUUGCAACAUUAGAAGAAGAAGCAUGCACAGAACUUGUUCCUUAUUUAGGUUACAUACUCAAGACAUUGGUAUUUGCAUUUUCAAAAUAUCAGCACAAAAAUCUAUUGAUUCUGUACGAUGCCGUUGGAACGCUGGCUGAUUCUGUGGGCCAUCAUUUGAAUAAGCCCGAAUAUAUAAACAUUUUAAUGCCACCGCUUAUUGAAAAAUGGAAUCUACUACAAGACGAUGACAAAGAUCUAUUUCCAUUGUUGGAAUGUUUGUCAAGCAUAGCAACGGCAUUACAAUCGGGAUUUUUACCAUACUGUGAGCCAGUUUAUCGACGUUGCAUAUCACUCAUUCAACAAACGAUAAACCAACAAGAGCUAGCCAACAGUCCGAAUCCAGGACAAUAUGAACAACCCGACAAAGAACGAAUGAUUGUUGCGCUUGAUCUUCUAUCGGGUUUAGCUGAAGGCUUAGACGUUCACAUCGAAUCGCUUGUUAUCAAUAGUAACAUUAUGCAAUUACUCUAUCAGUGUAUGAAAGACUGUAUGCCAGAGGUGCGUCAGUCAUCGUUUGCAUUGCUGGGAGACUUAACAAAGGCAUGCUUUCAACAUGUUAUGCCAUACAUGCAGGAUUUCUUUCCGAUUUUAGGCCAAAAUCUAAAUCCAGAAUUCAUAUCUGUGUGCAAUAAUGCAACAUGGGCCAUCGGAGAAAUAGCUAUGAAAUUAGGUGAAGGAACAAGACCGUACAUCCCACUUGUGCUAAGAGAGCUAAUUGUUAUAAUCAAUCGACCGAAUACAACAAAGACAUUACUAGAAAAUACCGCUAUAACAAUCGGUCGUCUAGGUUAUGUGUGUCCUGUUGAAGUGGCUCCUUACUUACAAGAUUUCGUACGACAGUGGUGCACAUCGCUGCGUCAUAUACGUGACAAUGACGAAAAGGAUUCAGCAUUUCGAGGCAUGUGUAAUAUGAUUACAGUAAAUCCAGUUGGUGUUGUUCCCGAUUUCAUCUUCUUCUGUGACGCAAUUGCAUCAUGGGUGAAUCCGCCAAGUGAUCUGCAUGCAAUGAUCCAAAAAAUUCUGCACGGUUUCAAAACACAAGUAGGCGAUGAAAAUUGGCGGCGCUUCGUCGAUCAAUUCCCGCCAAAUCUAUCAGAACGUAUGGUUAACAUGUACGAUAUUUAAGCUAAACAAGACAGAGGAAGCCAGAGACAGAGCUAAAAUCAUCAUCCCGACAACGAGAGAGAGAAAGAGACGAGAUACAGUAGGCCUACAAGUCUACACGAGCGUAAAUAUGUGUCUCUUUCCACAUAACAAAAAAAAUUUUCAUCAAAUCCAUUUUUAAUCAAAUAUAAAAACAACAAAUUGAAAUUCACGAAGUAUGCAAAAUACAUAAAUGAGAAAAAGUGAAAUGAUUUUGAGUGAAAACAAGGAACGAUAUAAACAUAGAGUGAAAGAGUGACAUUUUAAGAAUUGAAAUUGGUACGAAUGAUAAAUAUAUAGUUUAUAUAAUAAAUUUAAACAAAAAAAAAAAAACUAGAAUCACAAAA